UAUCGUCCGAAUCGUCUCUCUUCACCCGUAUGUACACUCGAACGAAUUGUAUACAUUUAGUAUAAAACAGUCUCUUCGUCAGAUAAGUUUACUCCAAAUAUCUUCAAUACAAAGAAACAAACGAGACUGUUUAGUUGAACCUAUGUUCUCGUCAUUUGACAAGUUAUCGACUUUCCAAACUAAUUGUGAACAGACGGCGCGUCAUUGAUUCCACUCACUGUCAUAAAUUCUUGGAUGCUUUGGGAAUGGGAGAAUAUUGAAGCUUCAGUGAAAGAACUAUUCGGCUUUAUUAUACCCGACGCUCCAUUUACAUAAUUCAAUUUUCAACUUACCAACUGAUGCAGUUAAAAAUGUCCGAUAAUCAUAAAGAAUUCGUUCCGUCUCACGAAGUGCAAGAUAUCGCCGACCGUAUAAUCAAGCAAUAUAAAGAUAUGAAUUCAUCUGAGAGAUUAAUUGUUGGUAUAGCCGGCAGGCCUGGAUCGGGAAAGACAAAUCUAGCAAAUAUGAUCGCAGAUGUGAUGUGUAAUAGAACAAACAAUGAAAUUCGUGUAAUUGUGAUGCCAAUGGAUGGCUACCAUUUAUACCGAAGUGAGCUGAGUCAACUACCCAAUUCUGAAUAUGCUUUUUCUCGCCGUGGUGCACAUUGGACAUUUAAUCCGGCUAAACUUUACCGAGACCUGGAACGUAUUGCAUCCGGCGAUGAAAUUCGUGUACCUUCUUUUGACCAUUCGCUCAAGGAUCCCAAAGAAGAUGACAUUGUAAUACCUGCCGAUGCUCGUGUGAUUUUAGUGGAAGGAAACUAUUUGUUAUACACCGAUGAUGCCGCAUGGAAAAGGGUUAGUGAAAUGUUCCAGUUAAAGAUUUUCCUGGAAUGCGAUCCAAUGGAGUGCACAGAGCGCCUGACUCGGCGUCAUAUGAAUUCUAUGAACAUUUCAAGAGAGGAGGCCAUGUUACGAGCUAAAGGAAGUGAUUCCAAGAAUGGAGAUCUAAUCGAUACUACUAAGGGUAAUGCUGAUUUCGUGUGUCAUUCCAAUGUGGUUUUAAACGUUGUUUAAAAUGCAGUUACAGUCAUAUUGUUACGUACAACUUUGGUUGUUGCUCGAUGACAUUCCGUGAGAAUGAAACAUCAAGACCUUCAAUAAUGAUUUCAAUAAAAUUCGAAUAGCACUUGAAGCCGCCCCAUCUACGAUCAAUAAUCGUGGUGAACGAAAGUGCGCGAUCAACAAGGUUUACAUUCUUCAUAACAGUCAAAAAGU